CAGCACAGCCCUGCCCUCAGAACCAAACCGCAAGAUCAACAAGGGCAAAGCUGUUUUCUCUUUGGCCCUAACAGCAACCUGUUGUCCUUUAAACGAAGGUUGAACAGUCCGCAGGUAUCUUCUCCAAAAGGACCCACCUCUUCUCUUCUGAUGCUUAAUCUUUUGGAUUUAAAUCUUUCUUCCACUCAACCAUGACCGCUUCAGUUUUCUCCACCCUUGGAUUUGUCCACUCUCUGAAUGUCCUACUUCUGGUGCUGCCUGGUUUGAGCUCGAGCAGCCCCAUCAAGUCUAUCGAGAGCCGUCACAGGGCCUCCGCUGGUAGGGAUGUGGCUGACGGUCAGCUAGUCGAUGCGCAGGACUUUCUGAGCCAGUUUCUGUCCACACUGAACCUCACAAUGCUGAGGGCCCAGACCGGGCCCCUCGCUGCCCAUAAAGAGGCACCACAGUACAUGCUGGAGCUGUACAACCGAUUCGCCAAUGACCGCACUGCUGUGCCAUCAGCCAACAUUGUGCGCAGUUACAAGAACGAAGAAUCUUCACCCUACAGUAUAGGAAACAGGGGUGUAAGGAUACAUCCCCUUCUGUUCAAUAUCUCCCUGCCCCACCAUGAGCACAUCACAAUAGCAGAGCUUCGCCUCUUUACUCUGGUUCGGAGGGCCCAAAGACCGUAUCCUGGCUUUGACUGCAAGGUGACGAUCUACAAAGUACACGAGGGUGUCGUGUGGACAAAAGAGGUGGGGAAAGAAGGGAGAAGGAGGGAUAAAGAGGAGGUGGUGGAGAUGAAGGAUUUGGAGGAACUGGUGACAAAGCAUAUUCAUGCCAAAGAUAAUAGCUGGGUGUUGUUUGACCUGACUCAUGUGGUUUCACUCUGGCGGAAGUCGGGGUGUGCAACUCACAGACUGGAGGUUCACGUUGCAAGUGUGGGGUCAGAGGACGAGGGCUCGGUUGAGAUUGACUUUGACAGGAACCUGGACAGGAAACACAACGCAGUGAUGAUUGUUUUCUCAGACGAUCAGAGCAGAGACCACAAACAGGACAAACAAGAGCUCAACGCGAUGAUCAAACAUGAGAAUGACCUUCCUGAAAACAUGGGCAGGAGCCAACAACCGCUCUGGGAGCAUGUUAAUCACAACACUGGCCGUGUUAACCAGGACGAGCAGGACAAACAGUCUCUCAUGCAGCUGCAGUCCAACCUUAUCUAUGACACACCUCCUCGAAUCCGUCGCAAUGUUAAGAGCGAGUCAUGCAAGAGGACGCCUCUCUUUGUGGAUUUUAAAGACAUCGGAUGGGAUACAUGGAUCAUCCAGCCUCUGGGCUACGAAGCGUACGAGUGCAACGGUGUUUGCAACCCACCCAUGACCGAUGAGGUCUCGCCUACCAAACAUGCCAUCGUGCAGACACUGCUGAGUGUUAAGAGUCCUGAGAGGGCAUCGCGUGCCUGCUGUGUUCCCACUAAGUUGGAGCCCAUCUCACUCCUUUAUCACGAUAACGGGGUGAUCACAUUCAAUCACAAGUAUGAGGGGAUGGUGGUGGCAGAGUGCGGCUGUAGAUAGUCCUGAAAGUAUCACUCAGAGAGACAGACUGUGCAAUGGCAGGAGAAGAAUCAUCUUUGAAUCUAUCUAUCUAUCUAUCUAUCUAUCUAUCUAUCUAUCUAUCUAUCUAUCUAUCUAUCUAUCUAUCUAUCUAUCUAUCUAUCUAUCUAUCUAUCUAUCUACAGUUCUCAUACAGUGGCGUGUAAAAACACAAGUCUGGACAUAGUUGUAAACUAGAGAUGGUGUAAAUGUGCAAUUGUAUAAAGACAAACUAAUAAUAUAUUAUAUUAAUGUAGAAUAUAAAGCUUUCAAAGCAACAAUACAAUGCUUUUUGAACAGUAUGUCAUGGUAUGUUAUAAUUAUUUACUAUUUUGUAUGCUAGAGUUUUAAACAAGUUCUACAGUUCUUUUUCAAUGGCAACACAAUGCCACAUUCAUCCAAAAAGAGGGAAAUUAAAUAUCUGAAUUUGGAACUUUUUCAGAUAAAGUGCGAUUGAUGUCAUUAGGGAUAAAUCAAAAGGUUAAAUACCAGUUACUAUAACAACCUUCUGAAUAUUCUGGAAGCACUGAUGUGAGAUCUGUAUAAUUACAAGAGAUGUACCCUAAGUACAGAUUUUCAGUUUGGCAAAAGUAAAGUUUAUUUCUGGUUAAUGGCUUUUGCUUUUCCUGCCUAAUUAUUUAUUUCCAGAGUAAGUAUUUUUGGAUAGCUAUAUUGAAAUAACAUGCACUUCUGAUGGAAUACUGUUUCCCAAAUAUGAAAAGCCUUGUUGGUUAUUGAAUAACAGUCUUGCCAAAAUGCUUUAUAAGGAGAUAUACAUGCUGCAAAUUUGUAAAUGGGAUAAUUCGUUUCUGUGCCCUGUGGCAUCUUGGAGCCACUGAGAGGAUUUAAAGACUGUGACAUUUUUUUUCUGCUAUUUGCCUGCCAAACUUGCAGAAAAUGUAUUUUUCGAUGGCUUUUGACCAGGAGAGGAUUUUCACAGUGUGUUGGAGCUCCUAAGGGCUUCUGCGAAAUCUAAUUUCUCUUACCCAACAUUUGCCGUCAGCUGCUGUAAAAUCUUUCUUUAUACCAGCUGUUCAUAUCCUGCUUUCUGUUCUCACAAUGACGUGACUGUUACUGGGGUGGUAAAAAUAAAAUAUCGGAAAACAAAAUUGCACUCAUUGAGCAAUUUCUGGUCUCUUGUGCACCCUGGUUUGUUGUCAGGUAAUCACAGCACUCCCCAUCUAACAACCUUAAUCCCCAUCCCUCUGGCGUCACAUGCCUGGCGGGCCUCUCGCUGCCCGCUUCCAUGCCACAGUGAUAAAGAGGUGUCAGAGCCUGGAGUCUUGUAGACCAUCACUCAGGAUGAGACGCCACUCCAAGUGGCAGCAUUUGUGAGAAGGUGGUGUCAGAUUCCUGGUCUCCAGCGCCAACAUGCUCUAUUGACAAUCCUGCCAUCGGGUCACUUAGGUGCCCUCUGAACCCUCCCACUUCCCUUUUUUGACACUGGCAUGCGUACGUCCUUAUCACGGCCACGGCAACAGAACAAAUGGAAAAAAAUACACGUCACAUCAGCACCUUGCUUGUGCUGUUAACAGUCGGAAGUAGAUAGCAAUAAUGGCAUAACACUGUGGAACUUUCUAACUUAAUAGGACCCUCACUCAGUGCAGAUUUACACAAGCCAAGUGUGCAGCUUGGACAGAGAUAUCGACGGGCAGUGAGCAACACACUGUCUUUAAAAUUGCAUUUAAAUUUUUAAAUAUGUGGGAAAUAUUUCUAAAAAUUGCAACAUUAAACUAACAUUUUUCCUCACUAUUGUUUGUUGUUAGUAUAAAGUCUGUUACAUUUGUAAAUCAUUGAUUCAUCAUAAUUAAUUUUCCUUGACUCAUCUUAAUCUUGUUUUUUUAUCUAAAUUUUCAUUUAACUACCAUUUUUCUUAAUGUAUAAGACGCUAAAUUAGGCAUUUGAUUUACAUUUGUAAAUCCUUGAUUCAUCAUCAUUUAGAAACACUGAGCAUUUGACACUUUGAACCUCAAACAUCUGUCACAGGUUUGUCAUUAUAAACACCCGCUUUGCUUUUUUGUAGCUAUUUGGGAGCUAUGCUGUGAGAUACACUGUGCUAACUAAAAUCAUGAAGUUAAGCUUGUUAACUAAUGGGAGCUGGAAAGCUAAUAGGAAAUGUUCAGAUAUUUUUGUGGCUGGCACUGCAGUACAACCUCAAGGUGAUCCUUUGUGUAGAUCAGAAACACUGGCGGCUUUCAGGAUAACACAGAGACUAUUCAUUGCUCAUGGCCGUAUAAAAGCAAAGAAGACUUUACUAAGAGACUUAUCAGAUCUCCUCCCUCUCCAAACAAUCAGAUUUGGUCUGAGGAUUUUAGUACAACUGGUGCCUCUUCAUUGGCUUUCUGAAAGAAGUCCAAAUCAUUUCAAAUGAUCUCUCUCUCCUCAGCAGAGAGCUCUCAGAGGAUUGAUUUGCAGUAGCUGGUUUAAAGAGGGUAUUUUACCCUUGAAUCCAUUUAAUUUACUUUCAUUUUGUUUGCUUGAACACUCCCCACUAUGUCUGUUAGUGGGUUAAUUGUGCAUUGCAUCAUGUCUGUAUUGGGUUUAUUAAAAAAGUGAAGCUUAAGAAUACACCAAACUUAUGAACAGCAACAAAGCUUCAAUAAAAAUGUAU